CGGAAACACUCCGGCACUCUCGGCUCUCACUCACACACUCUCUUCCAGGCAGGCUGAACGGGAGCAGCUCACACCAGUCUCCCGUCUCCUCACCUCCAAAGUGGGACCAGAAGCGAACCCGGACCUCGGCGCAAGAGGCUUCACUGCGUGGUCACCAUGGCGCCCUUCCUUCGCAUCGCCUUCGUGGCUUAUGACGUGGGCGCCCUGUGCUCAAACAGUGACACCCCCAUCUGUGCCAUCAAGAUGAAGGAGUCCGUCAACACAGAGCGAGGGAAGACUCUGGUCCAGAGGAAGCCGACCAUGUAUCCUGCUUGGAAGUCCACCUUUGACGCUCACAUCUAUGAAGGCAGAAUCCUGGAGGUCGUUCUCAUGCAGAGCACGGAGGUGCCGCUGGCCAAAGCUACGAUUGGUAUUUCUGUACUGGCAGAACGCUGUAAAAAGUCAAAGACGAACGGACGAGAUGAGUUCUGGCUGGACCUACUGCCUUCUGGAAGGGUCCAGAUGGUGGUGCAGUUUUUCCUGGAGGACAGUGAUGCAGCUGCCACCAAGCCAUCGGUGCGAAUGGCUCCUGAAGACGGACUCACGACGCUCAACAGGAGGCGAGGAGCGUUCAAACAGCCAAAGAUUCAUGUCAUCAGGAAUCACGAGUUCAUGGCGACGUUCUUCGGUCAGCCCACGUUCUGCUCCGUGUGCCGGGAGUUCCUCUGGGGGUUGAAUAAACAAGGAUACAAGUGCAGACAAUGCAACGCUGCCAUUCACAAGAAAUGCAUCGACAUCAUCAUCGCCAAGUGUACAGGCACAGCAGCCAACAGCCGUGACACCAUGUUCCAGAAAGAGCGCUUCAAGAUCGACAUGCCGCAUCGCUUCAAGUGCCACAACUACAGGAGCCCCACUUUCUGCGACCACUGUGGCAGCCUGCUGUGGGGGCUGUACCGUCAGGGACUCAAGUGUGAAGACUGCGGCAUGAACGUGCACAGCAACUGUCAGACCAAGGUGGCCAACCUGUGCGGCAUCAACCAGAAGAUGCUGGCGGAAGCUCUGUCUCAAGUCAGCCAGAGGUCCAAGAAGUCCGACAACGCAGCCGACAUCGGAAUCUACCAGGACUCUGAGAGCGUGAAAAUAGACCCUGCUGCUGACAAAAACGGAAAAGCCGGUGAUGUUCCGUGUCAAGUGCCGGCGACUCCGGAGACUCCGAAGACACGACUCACUCUGAACCACCUGGUCUUCCACAAAGUGCUGGGAAAAGGAAGUUUUGGAAAGGUUCUCUUGGCCGAGCUCAAGGGUCAGGGUCAGUUCUUUGCAGUGAAGGUUCUGAAGAAGGAUGUGGUGCUAAUGGACGACGACGUGGAGUGCACCAUGGUGGAGAAGCGGGUGCUGUCGCUGGCCUGGGACAAUCCCUUCCUCACCCACCUGUACUCCACCUUCCAGUCCAAAGAGCACCUCUUCUUUGUGAUGGAGUACCUGAAUGGCGGCGACUUGAUGUUCCACAUCCAAGAUGGAGGACGCUUCAACCUCAACAGAGCUGUUUUCUACAGUGCAGAGAUUGUCGUGGGUCUUCAGUUCCUGCACUCCAAAGGAAUCAUCUACAGAGAUCUGAAACUGGACAACGUGAUGCUGGACAGGGACGGUCACAUUAAGAUCGCAGACUUCGGCAUGUGUAAAGAAAACGUGUUCGGAGCAGUCAGAGCAACCACUUUCUGCGGGACACCGGACUACAUCGCCCCAGAGAUCCUGCUCGGGCAGAAGUACACCUUCUCUGUGGACUGGUGGUCUUUCGGCGUGCUGGUCUUCGAAAUGCUGAUCGGACAGUCUCCCUUCCAAGGAGACGACGAGGACGAGCUGUUUGAGUCCAUCCGGUCGGACACGCCCCCCUAUCCACGCUGGAUCACCAAAGAGUCCAAGAGUCUGCUCGAGCAGCUGUUUGAACGGGACCCCACCCGCAGGUUGGGUGUCGUGGGUGACAUACGUGCCCAUCCCUUCUUCAAGACCAUCAACUGGACUGCGCUAAAGAAGAGAGAGGUGGAGCCUCCUUUCAAACCCAAAGUGAAAUCCCCCGGCGACUACAGCAACUUUGACCGAGAGUUCCUGAGCGAGAAACCGAGACUGUCCCAUGCCGACAAGAACCUCAUCGACUCCAUGGACCAGACGGCGUUCGCGGGCUUCUCCUUCGUCAACCCCAAACUGGAGCACUUGAUAGCCAAGUGAAGACGGCAGCUGCUGCUUCCUGAAGGACAGUAAAGGAUUCUUUUUGGGGUCAGGGGUUCCUCUUCUACACAGUGACACUAACUAAGGUGCAGCUGACAGCGCUCCAUGUGGACACUCCAGGAAAUGAAGGGAGAUUCUUUCUUUGCUUUAAUCACUCUCGGAUCAUCAACUGUACUGUAGCGUCAAAUCUCCUGCAUGUUUAUGCCCGAUUGCCUCCCAUCUCCUGACAUGCGGACACGUGUAGCUUCCCAUCGUCAGACUUCUCUCCACAACAGUGAGCUGGUGAAUGUUCCUGUGUCAACGAUCAGUGACAGCGUCAGGCUCGAGCUGGAGACGACAUGAAUGUUAAGUGUAUGUGGACGACACCUGGGUGAACCAGGUGCUCUCUUUUCUACUCAUUCACUUCGGGUCAUCAAUAAAUCGCUCCUCA